AUGGUUAAUGAGUCCGCACCCAUACUGAAAGAACUGAUUGACACCACGAAUGAUUGUAUGUCCACUUUACUGAACAUUGGUGUCAACGUGGGGAGCUGGGACGUGAUUGUUGUACAUAUUUUGAGUCAGAAAUUGGACACAGAAACCAAACGUAGUUGGGAGUUUUACGUGAAUAGUCAUAGCUCGGCGGAUCAGCUACCAACAUAUUCAAUGUUUCAGGAGUUUUUGACAAGUAGAUACCGCGCAAUCGAAUUUUUGGUUUCUGGAUCCAACACACCUAGGAAAAACGUGACUCAAAAUUCAAAUAAGUUGAAAGCCCUCCAUGUAAAUAACCAUAGUUGUGUUUUAUGUAAGGAAGCACACACACUUGCAUUUUGCCCGUGUUUUGCGAAAGAAACAGUUGACAGACGUAGAGAUUUCGUGCAGGACAAUAAUAUUUGUUUCAAUUGCUUAGGUAGAAGUCACCCAGCUAAGUAUUGUCGUAUCAAAACAAGGUGUCAGAUCUGCAAAAGGAAGCACCACUCACUGCUUCAUUCUAAUGGGAAAUUUAUUUCAGAAGCCAGUGAGGAUAAGGAACAAGGGUCUUCGGCAGUAGUCAGUUGUACGCUUACUGAAGAAUCAGGAGGUGCAGAAGGAAUUAUUACUUCGUGUUUUUCGGCGGAUAAAACGGGAAAACAGGUACUAUUAGCUACAGCUGUGGUAAAUAUUGAAGCUAAUAACGGAACACGGAGAACGGUACGCGCUUUGCUCGAUCAAGGAUCGCAGGCGUCAUUUGUGACCGAAGCGACGAUACAAGGUUUGGGUUUAAAGAAGACAAAGACGAAAAACGUUGUAUCAGGUCUGGGAGGAGAUAAAAAGGUCAUCAUCAACUCGACGGUUAACAUCAACUUGCAGUCAUGGGUCAAUCCUGAAAUCAAGUUCAAGGUCAAGGCGUACGUGUUAAGAAAGAUCACAGCUUGUCUUCCCGCGAAAAAGGUUAGUGACCUGGAAGGUUUGGAUUUAACGGGAAUUACCUUGGCUGAUCCUGAGUACCACACGCCCAAUAAAGUGGAUCUUUUGCUAGGUGCAGAUGUGUACGGGCAGAUUCUGCAAGAAGGAUUAAGGAAAGGUAUCCAGGGUGGAGUGAUUGCACAAUCUACAGCUUUAGGCUGGAUCAUUUCGGGCACGGUUAUGGAUUCACAGCAGAAGCCAAAGAGUAUAGUAGUAAUGCAUUCACUGAUCGAUGAAAAUGAUCUCCUUAAGAAGUUCUGGGAACUGGAAGCGGAACCUGAAAUAAAAAGAGAAAAAAUGUUUACAGAGGAAGAAAAAAGAUGUGAGGAGAUAUUCACAAAGACAACUUCAAGAGACGAGGAAGGGAGAUAUGUAGUUCGACUUCCCUUGAAGAAUGAUCCUCAUUGUGUAGACAACUCCAGGGAGAUAUCUGAAAGGAGAUUUCUUUCGUUGGAACGGAAAUUCAUGAAGAAUGAAGCCUUGAGAGAGAAGUACUCUGAAGUGAUGCAAGAAUACAUAGAUCUGAAUCACAUGGAACUUGUACCUGAUGAUCAAGUUGACAAUCCAUUGGCGAUAUACUUACCCCAUCACGCAGUCAUACGAGAAGACAGGGAAACGACGAAGGUACGGGUAGUGUACGAUGCCUCCUGUAAGGGUAAGAAUAAUAUGUCUCUAAAUGAUAACCUUCUAGUGGGACCUACCUUACAGUCAGAGCUACGGCACUUGGUGAUGCGAUGGCGUACGUACCCCGUUUGUCUCACGUCUGACAUAGCCAAAAUGUAUCGGCAAGUGAAGAUCUCGGAAUCAGAUGUGGAUUUUCAAAGGAUUCUCUGGAGAGAUAACCCUGAAACUAAGAUAAAGCACUAUAGAAUGCUAAGAGUGACGUUUGGAACUGCAGCUGCGCCAUACUUGGCUGUCAAGACAUUGCAACAAGUGGCUAUUGAUGAGGGUGGGAGUUAUCCUAUGGCAGCGGAGAGAGUAUUAAGAGAUUUUUACAUGGAUGACCUAUUGACGGGAUGUCAAACUAAAGAAGAAGGAUUCCAGAUAUUUAAAGAAAUGAAUGAAUUGCUGGAAAAAGGAGGAUUCGAGUUAAUGAAAUGGACAAGUAACUGCGAUGAGUUAAUAGAAGAGAUGAAAAGAGAAACAGGGAUGAAAGAGGUUCAAGAGGGAUUGAAGAUUAAGUCAGAUGAAACAAUGAAGAUAGUUGGACUUACCUAG